AUGCCUGUCAAUAAACUUGAUGGUCAGGCGCGCGACAAAGCACCUGCUGAGGCCGAGGCAGGCUCCGUUGGGGAUGCAGUCCCGAAUGUUCAUAAACCCUGGAAUUUCGAUGACGCCUUCAAAUACGCACCUCCGAGACCAGAAGGAGACUCAUGGGACAUACUGCUGGACCCCUUGAUGAAACAGGAUAAAAUUCGAUGUGAUGCGUGGAAAGACGAAGUUCAGAACCUGUUGAUUUUCGCUGGACUUUUUUCCGCGGUGGUUACCACUUUCAUUAUCGAAUCAUACAAGUCUCUACAACCCGACCCAAACGAUUUUGUCAUUGACUUACUUUCUCAUAUCUCAACUCGUCUCAAUGCUUCCCUGGAGCCAAGUGCUACAAUCACAUCUAUGGCCCAAACCUUCUCACCCACUUCGUCGUCUGUCCGAGUCAAUUCUUUUUGGUUUACUAGCUUGGUUCUCAGUCUGACAACUGUUCUGGUCGGUAUCAUUGCUCUUCAAUGGCUUCGAGAGCACCAGUUCUACUCAACAGACCUAUCCCCUCGUGAAAAAUACUCCUUGUACUGUAUGCGAGAAGACGCUCUGAAGACUUGGCAAGUCGAUAAGAUAUUUAACUCCCUACCACUCCUCCUUCAGUGUGCGUUAAUUCUGUUCCUCGGAGGGGUCGUCGACUUUCUGCAAGCGAUAGGCAACAUCGGAGUUUUUGUCCCAGUUGCUAUUAUCGUUGGACUGACUUUGCUGUUCCUUGUCAUGACAACAGUCCUCCCAAGCCUCCAGGUUUCUUUGCUCUACUAUGAUAUUUUUCUUAACUGGGAUAUAACUAGAAAUGAUCCUGCUUGGCUUGCCAUCCGCGACGGCUACAUGCGGUUCGUCUAUAAACGUUCCUCCAGUGCAGAAUAUAUUUCACGCACAGACGUGGUCCCCAUCUUCGACAUCGUACGGGGUCUGCUUGACCAGGCAUAUCAUACCUCGCUUUUCCCUUCGACAUACCAUUGCCUUGCGGAGAUAUCUGAUCUAGUUACGCAACCCCCACACUCGUCUGGAUUUACCAGCGCUGACGAUGCUUUUCGACAAAGUCUAUACUUGCAUGACCUUGUCGCAUCCAAGGACGAUACACCGCUACUGGAAUAUUUUGGUAACGACUCUGGAGCCAAGCCUGAUUCACUGUCUGAAUCGAGUAUAGUAUUGUCGACUGCAUCUAAUUUAACUCUGCUGUUACACCAACAAAUUGUCGAAUCAUUUAUCCCCUACCACUUUUCCAGACAAAUUUUCGCGCUGCCAUCAAAGCAUAGAAUAGAGCUCAGACUUCGUCUGUUGAGAUCAUUUUUCAACGCAAAGCAUCUUAACUUCUCAUCGGAUCUGCGUAUCAUGAUACCAGAGUGUCUUAUAUUGCGCUAUUACCACGCUUCAGCGAUUAUAGACAACGAAGAAGAUGAUAUGGAGGCAUUCACAGAUUUUGCAUGGCAAAUUGCCCAUCUUACUCAAGUCAUACUUGAACAAAUAAGUCAUCGUCCUGACUCUAUCGCCCACCACCCAUCCGUGCAACACGAUAUCAUCUUGCCUUUCAUGGAGACGUCAGGCUGCUACGCUAAUUGCCUGCUUCGUCAAAAAAACCCUUCGAGCUCAAUAAUCAGCAGUUACUCUUCCGUUUUUCGCUUCAUCGAAGAAAUUUUACUGAAAGACAUGGCCGAAUGGACGGAGACAAAUAUUCAACCAAGUCUAUUCUUCUACACAUCAUCUCUACUUGCAUAUAACAUUUUGCUGGAUUGGGGUUCCAAGGACUUAAAUCAGCCCAUCUCAGACCCUUCUUUUCGCUCGAUGUGCGCUGCAAUAUGCGCUUACCGAGAAGGGACCAUCGAUGCAGAAAUUUUUGACCCGGAUAUUGAGGAGCAGUUUACUAGAGACCCGGAUGUUUAUUACUUUGGAAGGAUCUACGACACAGAUUCUCCUCGGACAUUUUCGUCGCAGUGGUGGGCAAGAUUGGCCAUCUACAAGGCCACAUGGGAGUCGACUUCUGUUCAUCAGUCGUACCCAUCUUCCGUUGAUUCAGUCGCCGAAAUACAGUAA